AUUAUUGUUCUAUGAUGGUUAACCUGUUUCAAAUUUCUUUUGGUGUUAGCACGUUGUCGUGGAAAGUGGGUUCUGGUUCAGCGCUGAUCAAAUUAAUAGAUAAAUUUGAUUAUCUCGACCAGAAAGCCAAGAUUUGAGAAUAAAAAUGGCUACCACGAAAGAAGUGAAUCCAGAAAAACCCGGUCAGGAAGUUGCCCCAAUUCAUCACAUCAGAAUAACUCUGACAUCUCGCAAUGUUAGGUCAUUGGAGAAGGUAUGUUCAGAUCUCAUUGAUGCGGCUAAAAAACAAAAAUUGAGAGUGAAGGGGCCAGUUCGCAUGCCAACAAAGGUGCUUCGUAUCACAACUCGUAAAACACCAUGUGGUGAAGGAUCCAAGACUUGGGACCGAUUUCAGAUGAGAAUUCACAAGAGAGUUAUUGACUUGCAUUCUCCAUCAGAAAUUGUUAAGCAGAUAACCUCAAUCAACAUUGAACCUGGUGUGGAAGUAGAGGUUACCAUUGCCGAUGCCUAAUUUUAUUUUUCUAUUUUUAAGAAAAUAAAGUUUACAGAAUGACAAA